AUGUUUUCUUCUUUGAUAUAUCUUCUCCUUGUACAUUCAAUUGUUGCUCUACCUCAUUUGUACUUAUUUAAUACAGAUGAAGAAAAUAACAAUCGUACGAAUAUAUCACAAUAUCAUUGUUUUCAUCUUCCUAUCGAGGAAAAAGUAUCUCUGUCAACAUUGGAAUUUAUUUCUUAUUGUCUCAAUGAACAAUCACCGAAAUCUCAUGUUCAACCAACGAGUUUUUAUUCCAAUUACACAUUUGUUGAACUUUCGAAGAGAAAUAUAACUGAUGAAGAUCUGUAUUCUUGGUUUGCAUCAAUUGAUCUCGUCCAACGUUAUCAAUCGUAUCUUUACAAAUCAUCGAUAUUCGAUGGAAAAGAAAUCUUUUAUAAUUGUACUGAAGAAAGAUUUGGUCCAAUGUGUCAAUACGAACUGAAAAAUGUAGAAUCAAUGGUUGAUCUGAUUAACUAUGCAAAAUCUUAUUAUCAAGUGACCAAACCUUUCUCAACGAGUUUAACGUGUUAUAUGGCAACACAAUGUAAUCGUGGUCUAUCUUGUUUGGAUUGGAGUGAAAUUUGUGAUGGCAAAAUCGAUUGUUACGACAGUUCAUUUGACGAGAAACAUUGUUCACAAGUAGAAAUCGAAGAUCCAAUUUACAAAUAUAUGGAAUCUAUUCUGCCAAGUAUUUUCAUUGAAGAUGCAAAAUGUCGUGAACACGUGUUGACAAGUUCUUGUCUUUCUGGUCGACAAGAACGAAUAUUUCAAGAAAUGUUCUCGAUUAAUGACGAAUACGCAUCGGAUGAUUGUCGGUCAGCAGCCAAGUGCAUUCUUCCAUUUCCAGAUGAAUUUCGUUCGAUUUGUAAUCACUUUUGCAAUAAAGCUCGAUGUUUGAAUAUAAUUAUGAACGAAUGUCCACCGAUGUUUAACUUACCGGUCGUUCCAAUUCUUCUUGGAAACGUGUAUUUUGCUUUUGAAAAAACUGAUUUUAACAAGACAAAUAGCACACAUUUCGAACAACCAUAUGUCUGUUACAACAAUUCUCUUUAUGAUCGUUAUUUUCACAGUGGUUCAACCGUGUUCUUUUAUGGAAGAAAAUGUUUCCGUAUAUCCGUCCUAAAUCGAACUUUUUCAACAACGAACAAUAAUAUUUUUGACGUGAAAUAUCUGCAACAGAUCUAUAAUCAAUUACAAUCAAACAAUAAACAGGCAAGUAUCAACAAAUAUCAAUUUACGGAUGGUCCAUUUCCUCAUGAUGGUGAAUAUAUGUAUUAUUUAUGUAGUCAGGAUAGAAAUCAUAGUCAACCAAGGAAAGAACGUAUUCUCUUUGAAUCGAUUUGUGACAGAGAUAUUAAUUUAUUACCGAGAGUGAUUCAUGGGCAAGACGAAACGGAUGAAACUGAAUGUGAUACGUGGCCAUGUAAUAAUUUACACACUCAUUGUAAUGGAUUUUGGAAUUGUUUAGAUGGAGACGAUGAAAUUCGUUGUGACAAAUCAUUCGUAUCAACUUGUUUGUCUAAUGAAUACAAAUGUAUUUCAGUUCAUGAAAAGCAAAUCGUAUGUUUAUCUACUGAUAGGGUAAAUGAUGGUCAAAUUGAUUGUCUUGGUGCCAUCGAUGAACCAACAAUCUGUCAAAAAAACUCUUUUUAUUGUACAAAAGAUCAUUUCGGAAUAUGUAUCGACAUCACAAAUUUAUGUGACAACUGGAAUAUUUCUUCGAUUCAAAGUCUUUGUCCAGAAUUGAGUUUUCUUUCGAAUAAUAUCAGAUCGAUUGCAUUUCAAGAAAGUAUUCAAACACAUCGAUGUCAAUUGGACAAAUCGAACAUAAUAGUGAGUCGAAGAACUGUUCCAAAUGAAAUACUUCGAUUUGAUUGUCAUCGUGGAUUACCUAUUCGUAUUUGGUUGAAUAAGACAAAUUCAAAAUUGAUCUGUUUUUGUCCACAUAGUUAUUACGGUAAAACGUGUGAAUAUCAAAAUCAACGGGUAAGUUUAUCUGUUCAAUUUUACGCAUUUUCCGAUUCUCGACAAACGUCAUUCGAUAUCGUUCUUCAACUUAUUGACGAGACAAAUGAAAGAAUCAUUCAUUCAUAUGUUCAAUUGACUUAUUUGUUUGUAAGAGAUUGUCAAACAAAAUUAUAUUAUUAUUUACUUUAUUCAACACGAAAGAAAGAUCCAAGAAAAACAUAUGGAAUUCAUAUUGAUAUUUACGUAAAGAAAUCAUUGGAGUAUCGUGGAAGUUUAUGGUUUCCGAUAACAAACAAUAUUUUACCUAUUCAUCGUUUUGAUUUACUAAUUAAUAUUCCACCAAGUGAUUUUAAAUCAAAGAAAUGUUCACAAAAUCAAUGUGUUCAUGGGAAAUGUUUGAGAUAUUUCAAUACUCAACGUGAGAAAACAUUUUGUCAAUGUUAUUCCGGAUGGUCUGGUCAACAUUGCGAUAUUCUAUCCACUCCUCAUUUGGAAUGUUCAUCUGAUUCGAAAUAUAUUGGGGUUGAUGCUCAGAAUCAUCCAAUAUGUGUUUGUUCUUUGCAUAAGUUCGGUCGUCGAUGUUUUCUUCGCGAUACUCAAUGUGUAAAUGAAACAUGUAAUGAUCAUGGUGAAUGUGUUCCAUCGGAUUUAAAUCGGCGAUUUUCACAAUCUUCUAUGUGUGUCUGUUCGAAGGAAUUCAGUGGUGAUCAUUGUGAACGUGAAAAUAAUCGACUUGAUUUAUCAUUUGAGAGGAAUAUUCAGUUUUUACACACGAUAUUUAUACAUUGGAUCAAAACUGAAAAGACUCAGAUAUCAAAUCGAGUUAUCACUUUUAAAACGAUUUCUUCAAUGAAAGAUACGACGAUUAUUUAUUGGUCGGUGUCAGUUAAUCUCAUUUUAAUUGAAGAUCUAAAGAAAAAUUAUUAUUUAAUCGAUUCUCAAACUUCUCCAUAUGAAAAAGUUCAAAUAAUUAAACAAGUAAAAUCAUCUGAUCGUUGUCCAUUUAUUAAUGAAUUAUUACCUCAAACAGUUGUUCAAUCUCAUUUUCUCCAACGUGUUAAAUCUUAUCAUUCUCCAUGUCAAAAAUCUUUAGGAAAACUUCGAUGUUUUUAUGAUAGUAUUUAUCUUUGUUUAUGUUAUGAACAUAAUGAUCAACAUCUGACGAAUUGUCUUCCGUUUAAUCAAACAAUAGAAGAAAAUUGUCCGGAUGAAAACGAAUGUUCAGAUCAUGGUCAAUGUUUUCAACUUGGAUUGGGAUGUUCAAAGAAAAUCACUUGUCUUUGUAAAUCAUGUUUUCACGGAAGACGAUGUCAAUUCAGUACACAAGGUUUUAGUUUAUCUCUUGAUAAUAUUCUUGGUUAUCAUAUUCAACCAUCAAUUCGUUUAAUCAAACAAUCGACUAUUAUUCAAAUAAGUAUUUCAUUAAAUAUUAUCUUCACUUUCAUAGGUUUAACAAAUGGAAUUUUCACUUUCAUCACAUUUAAAAAUAAAUCUUUACGUGAAGUUGGUUGUGGAUUGUAUUUAUUAGUCUCAUCAAUUACUGUUUUGAUUAUUACGAUGUUAUUUGCAUUGAAGUUUUGGAUUUUAAUUUUUGCGCAAAUUUCUCAAAUAUCUAAUCGAUUGUUUUUACGAAGUCAAUGCAUUUCAUUAGAUUUUCUUCUGAGAACGUUUCUUCAUCUGGAUCAAUGGUUAAAUGCGUGUGUUGCUUGUGAACGAGCGAUAACAGUGGUUCAAGGUCCUCGAUUUACUAAGAAGAAAAGUCGAGAAACAGCGAAAUUUGUCAUUAAUUUACUUUUGAUUUUUAAUAUUUUGACAUUUAUUCAUGAACCAAUUCAUCGACAUUUGGUUGAUGAGAUUGAUGAAGAUGAAAAUGAAAAACGAAUCUGGUGUACAGUGACUUAUUCAUCAAAGUUACAAAUUUAUAAUACUUGUAUUCAUACAUUUCAAUUUUUUGCUCCGUUUACGAUUAAUUUCAUUUCGGCUUUGAUUCUUAUCGCACAAAAAUCCAGACGACAAUUAAAUAUUCAAAUGAAAAGAAAUUUUCAAGAAGUUUUACUUGAAAACUAUCAAGAAUAUCGACAUUUAUUUAUCGCACCUACUUGCUUAGUUAUUCUCGCUUUACCACGUUUGAUUAUUUCGUAUAUAUCAAAAUGUAUGGAGUCAAUCAAUGGUUCGUGGUUGUUUCUUUCGGGUUAUUUCAUUUCAUUUAUUCCAGCAAUGCUUACUUUUGUUAUCUUUGUUUUACCAUCGAAAUUUUAUAAAAAAGCAUUUCAUAAGUCAAUGAUUCAAUGUCGAAAAAAAAUCCAACGACGUUUACAUAUGUGA